AGGCCCGCGUACCGCAAAAAAACAACAAAAAAAAGUGAACCAAUUAAACAAAAAUAACAAGUAGAUAAUUGUAAAAGUGUGUGUAAAACUUAGGCAAGAGGGCAUGGUGAAAUGGUAGGAGGAUACGGUAAAAACUUCUGAAGUUCAUACUUCAAUGAUUGGCAUUUUGGGUAACACUUCAGAAACUGAUAGCACGAAGGGGCUUCGUUUCUAAUUAAUUGCCUGAAGGCCUCCACCCCUACCCCACGGCACUAGCCUGUAAGCCUCAAGAUGGCCAGUCUCAGUGGGCUGAGCGUUAUGUCCUAGGAGCUAGUAGGUGCUCAGUAGAUAUUGGCUGAGUGAAAUGAGUAGGUGGAUGGAUAAAUGUAGCUCAGUUCCCUUGUUUUACAGGUGAGAAAACAGAUUUAGAGGACAAGGUGACUUACACAGGAGGACACAGUCAUUUAGUGGCAGAAUGGAGACUGUGGCCAGACCUCAGUUUCUAGGACCCAAGCCCUCUUCACUGACCAUGCAGCCUGUUAGGGUCCGAACAGAUCCACCGUCGGCACCCUGCUGUCAUCCCAGCUAGGGUGGAAAUUCUACGAUGCAGAUGACUAUCACCCAGAGGAAAAUCGGAUGAAGAUGGGAAAAGGGAUACCUCUGAAUGACCAGGACAGGAUUCCAUGGCUCUGCAACUUGCAUGACAUUUUACAAAGAGAUGUAGCCUCUGGACAGCAUGUAAUUCUUGCCUGUUCAGCUCUGAAGAAAGUAUACAGAGACAUCUUAAUACAAGGAAAAGAUGGUGCACCUCUGAAGUGUGAUGAGUCAGGAAAGGAAGAAAAGCUGGCUGAAGUGAAGCUUCUUGUGGUCCAUCUGACUGGGUCGUUCGAGGUCAUCUCUGGACGCUUACUCAAAAGAAAAGGGCAUUUUAUGUCCCCUGAGUUAUUGCAGUCCCAGUUUGAUACUUUGGAGCCCCCAUCAGCUCCAGAAAAUUUCAUUCAAAUCAGUGUGGACAAAAAUCUUUCAGAGAUAAUUGCUACAAUUAUAGAAACUCUAAAAUGAAGUGAGAAUCAUCUAUAUCAGUGGUCCAGAACACAACUGGGCAUAACUCUGUCUCCCAUCCCAAACCAUGUUCCAGUAUCCUUGUUGAUACUGUAUUCUAGAUUCUUCUUAAGGUGAAUAAACCAUAAUGUAUUGAGA